AUGCUCCCCCCCUCACUCGUGGGCAAAACAGCAGCCAUCACAGGCGCCACCGGCAGCAUCGGUUUUGCCAUCGCAACCCGGUUCGCACGAGAAGGCGCCAGCGUGGUACUCGCCGGCCGCUCCGUCCAGAAACUGCAGAAUACCCUCAAGCAGACGCAAGACACCAAGCCCUGGCAGUGGCAGACGACAACAGUCCAGCAGCAGCAGCAGCAGCAACAGAACCAUGCCAUAGUCGAGCUUGACACGCGCAAACUGUCGGAUUGGAAGGGCCUUGUAGAGAAGCAUGAGAUUGACAUACUAGUCAACUGCGCGGGCAUCUCACAGCACUCUCUCCUUGUGCGCGCGGCCGAGGCCGAUGUGGACGAGCUCAUCGACACCAACCUGCGCAGCGCCAUCUGGGGGUGCAAGGUUGUCGGGAAGCAGAUGAUUUCUAGAUCUAGACGAGCUACUGACGGUAAAGGUAAAGGUAAAGGUGAAGGGGGGUGCUGCAUUAUCAACGUCUCGAGCUUGCUUGCGCAGCGGGCGGUUGUGGGGUCGGCUGUGUAUUCUGCUAGUAAGGCUGGGUUGUUGGGUUUGACGACUGCUCUUUCGCAAGAAUUUGGGCACUACGGCGUCAGAGUUAACGCGAUUUUACCGGGAUAUAUCGAGUCUGGAAUGACCAGCGACCUGCCUGAUAGGGACGAGAUCAUGGCAAAGAUACCCCUGAAACGCUUCGGCGAGCCAGACGAGGUCGCUGAUGCAGCUGCCUUCCUCGCAAAGAACACGUACGCAAAUAACUGCAUACUGACCCUCGAUGGGGGCUCGAGCGCCGUUUGA